AUACAUGACCAUUGCUAAUCGGAAUCGACGUUCAAGAGAUUUGAAAAUGAAAGUAGGAAAAUGGCGCUAAAUUUAAUCGUUUGAUUGGAUUCGAAUGCCAUUGCUGAUAAAAUGUCGAAAAAGCGGGGAUUAAGUGUGGAAGAAAAAAGAAGCAGAAUGAUGGAUUUCUUUUUAGAGAAGAAGGACUUUUUUCAACUGAAAGAAUUAGAAAGACAGUGUCAAAAAGAAAAGGGAAUCACUUCAAUGUCUGUAAAGGAAAUUCUUACUAGUUUAGUGGACGACGGAAUGGUUGAUACUGAUAAGAUAGGAACUUCUGUUUACUUUUGGGCUUUUCCAAGUAAAGCUAGUCAGAAUAGAAAACGAAAACUAGAUGAUUUAACAAACAGGAUCAAUGAUUUGGAUGAAAAAAGAAGAAUAUUGGCAGACAAUGUAAAGAAAGCUAAAAUAGGAAAGGAAAAUUCAGAAGAGAGAUCUCAAUUACUGAAAGACUUGGAGGAGAAGAAGCAAGAGAAAACUUCAUUGUUGAAAGAAAUUGAAAAGUAUCGAGAAUGUGAUCCUGAAGUUUUAGAGUCAGUGAGAAAGCAGACUGGAGAAGCCAAAGAAGCAGCUAACCGCUGGACAGAUAAUGUUUUCUCCACCAAGUCAUGGAUUAAAAAUAAAUUCCAGUUUGAGGAAAGUGUUAUUGACAAGCAGUUUGGAAUACCUGAAGAUUUUGACUAUAUUGAAUGAAAAUGCUGACCUAGUCUAUUUGAUUUUCAUUUAUGUUAUUGCAAAACAGUUUCCUUAUAUACUAGAAUACUGGCAAUGUUGUUCAUAGGUUUUGUAUGACCUCAAAUACAUGUAUAUUAUCCUGUUGAUACAUGUAUGUUGCCAUCUUAUUUGAUUAAAGAUGUUAUUUUCUUUACUUGUGAAUCGUAAUACACAUGUCAGAAAUGUUACUUGAAAUCAUUCAAACUUUUUUGUUUCUAUACUGUUAAUUGAAUUAUACUGAU